AUGAAUAAAUCAUGUAUUAGUAAAUACAUUGUUGGAAAAUCAUGUGGAAAGGAUGUUUAUAUAUAUCACAAUUAUAUAAAUAAAAAAUGGAUAAAUACAAACGUUCAAUUACGUAAUCCUUAUUAUAGAAAGAAAGGAUUUUGGGAGUGGCGAAGAAGAAUCAUACAUAGAUAUAAUGAGAAACGAUAUAUAAAGAAAGGUAUAAAACCUAAAUGUGUAAAUAAUAAUAAUAAAGAAGAAAAUGCAAUUAAGAAUAAGAAUGAUGAUGUAUAUUGGACCUUCAAAGUUUAUCAGCUAAAAAUAAGUUUACGUAAUUUAUAUAAUAUAGGUAGAUUAAUUAAAGGAUUACAUUUAGAAGAUGGAAUUGUAUUUUUAGAAUCCAUUCCACAAAUAAGAAUUAAUAAUAUUUUAAACUCAUUAUUAACAUCUAAAGAAAGAAUAAUAAAUAAUUUUAAUGGUGAUAUAUCUAGAUUAUAUAUUGAUAAUGUUCAAAUACAUUAUAAUACUCCUAUGAAAUAUAUUAAAUAUCAUGCUAUGGGUCAUUUUGGACUUGUUAAAAGUUAUAGAAAUAUUUUUACUUACACUAUAAAACAAAUGAAUAUUGAAGAAUUCUAUCAUAAACUAUAUAUAAGAGGUAAUGUACCAAGAACCUUAUCACACUUUAUGAGAUUAUUCUUAAAACAAAAAAGAAUUAAUACAAAUAAUAUAAUCGAGUGGUAUCCAUAUAUAUGUGCUAACUCUAGAUAUUUCUUUAGACAAAAAUUAAAUUAUUUAAAUAAUAUCUAUCAAUUUAAUUAUUAUAAAUCUAGACAUAUGUGGAUCAAAAAUUAUUUUAGCAACAUAGAGCGUAGAAACCAGGAGUUGCAACAACAGAGGGGCAUUAUUCCUGCCAACACAAUUGUUAAUAGAUAA